CCAACACUAAAGAGAAUACCCAGUUUCGAUAUUGAAAUUCUAUAAACAUGAAUGUGACAUAUUAGCGCAGUAGUUUGUUUUUUGUUCUCAGCAAAUCUGAAAGAAAUCAACCAGUAACUCUUGAAAAUAUUGAAUAUAUUUGUUUCUUUUAUUAUAGCGUGCUGGCCGCAAUGAACUCUAGGAUAAACAAUCGUUCGUCCACUGUAGUCAUGGAAGUGGACAAAGAUGACAGCAGUAGCCAAGCCACUCUGACCAUCACCGCUUCAGUCAGCGAGUCUCCCAGGUUGUCCAGGAGAGGUUCAUCGAACAGCGCUUCUUUGACAGCUAGACCUAGUGACACCCCUGUAACAACAACUAUCGUGAAAAACGCCAAUGGAGAGCUGGUCAAUGCUACGUCCCAAGCCAGCAUCUAUCAAGCGGAACUGGAUAACAGUACUAGUGUCUUGGCCACCAUCACGAUUGGUGAAGCUAACGACCAAGGUGCAAGACCUGGAGGACAGUGCAGGCCAGAGAUAAAACCUGAUGAAGUCCAGCCUUUCGAAAUCUUCGUCAGCAACCAUCUGGACAACAGGACCUAUACGUACAAUGUCAAGGACACCUACCUGGUGGAGCAGCUAGUGAAGAUGAUCCAGGAAAAGCUCGGUAUCCCACCUGAGCAACAGAGACUGGUGUACGCAGGGCGAAAUUUAGUUUGCGGAAUGAAGCUAUCCCAUUACGAUAUACGCCCCAACUCAACACUCUAUCUAACAGGAAGACUUCGUGGUGGAGAAGCUUAAUCAUAAGCUAUGUAUAGAGCUAUAUCAAUCUAAGAUAUACUUGUUUAAAAAAAUGUACUAAGUCAACAUUUGGGACAAGAUCAAAAUGAAAAAAAAUUUCAAACUUAAUAACAUGGUCAGUAGAGAUCCUACUAGUUGCCUACCAUUGGCGUGAUGAUUUGGUCUCUUUGGCCACAGAGACAAUAUUAACAAGUUGACAUUUGAAAUUCUUAAUAUAUUUUAAUGGAGAAAGGAGGUGAAAGAGAGAUAACUGUAGCAUGGUGGAGUUGUAAGCAAAUUAAAAACGAAAGCACUUUAUAAGAGAUUUAUUUUAAUAUAUAUUAAACAAGUAUAAGUUAUGAAUAACAUAAUGUAUAUAUACACACACACAUAUAUGUCAUUAUAUAUUUUAUGCUAAAUGUAUGUAUUGUGUAUUUACAAUUAUGUAAAGCGAAUAUGUAGAGUAGGUCAUAGUACAUAAGAUAAUGAAAGCAAUGUUUAUCUUCACGCAACCAUAUGACAACGACACAUAUACAAUUUAUUCAACAUUGAAUACAAGGCUUAGAACACAUAUAGUCGUACUUGGUGACCAUUAUUUGAAUCACGUUGAUACACACACUACAUGUAUAAAGUCAGUUUGGACUUCUCAAUUUAUAACUUUAUGUUGUCUGUCUUUUGUAUAACAGGAUAUACAUCCUUGGACUAUCCAAUCCAUUGAUUCCAUGCGCAGCGUCUAGGGUCUAUUCAUUGUACAUUCUUACUUCUGAUCUAUACACUAACUUAACUGUAAAUAAAUAAAUACUGUCAAGCUCAUGUGUAUUUGAAUAUUAUCAAAUACGAAAUAGAAACAAAUGUACAAGUAUACACACAGCAAAUGUACAUUUGUACGUGGUGAAGUUGUACUAUUAAUUUUUUAAGUUCUAAAAUUAUUAUCAUUACAUCUCAUUAAUUACUUUUAACUGAUUAAGAUUAUUUUAUUGUCCUUAAUUUCCUCAUAACAAAUAUUCUAAUAAAAAUAACUUUUUUUUUCAAUAAAUAGGAAUGACUGCAUCACUUGACGUCAUAUUUAACAUCUGACUAGAUCUCUAUAAAAAGAAUAAGCAUCCAUACAAGACUGUUCCAUAACUACUAUACCUUAAACUGAAGCAAGCUUUUUUUUCCCAGCGGAAAUUUCGCACCUAAACUUGUGUUGCGUGACAAGAUUUUUUAUUAAAAUUCCCAAAGGAUUACUUCAUUAAUUAUUUCAUCAAUUUAUCAAUUGUAUAUACCGUUAAAAGCCCGGUGUUCCAUCUAUGGUGCUCAAGGGAACUAAAAAUUGUAUUGUAUUUUUCUUAUUGCCGAGUAUCAGUAACGUCCCUUCCUUCAUGCAACGAUAAAACACCAUCUUUUGUUUACUAAAAUGUAUCAAAUAAACAUGUAGAGUUAAUAUAUGAAUUUGUUACUAAUAAAUAACUCUAUACGUUUA